GUGAAUUAACUGAAUAAACGUUGGUAAAAAAAGACGCAAGUGUGAAAAGAAUUAAAUCGCGCACGUAAAAAUCUUGUAUAAUUUUCUAGAAAUUAAGUUAAUUUAUUAUAAAAAUAACAAUAAAAUUUAGUGAAAUGCAUCUGUGGAAUCUUAGAAAAUGUUAUUAUUUUGCAAUAUUUAUGGUAUUUUAUGUUUUCUACCAUCCCACAGAUAGUGGGGCGGUAUCAUUGACCAGUGAAAAUAUUGAUAUGACUUUAGCCUCCAAUGAGUUGGUAUUUUUAAAUUUCUAUGCAGAAUGGUGCCGUUUUAGUAAUUUAUUAGCGCCAAUUUUCAAUGAAGCCGCCGAUAAGGUUAAAGAAGCUUUUCCCGACGCUGGCAAAGUGGUACUGGGUAAAGUAGAUUGUGAUAAAGAGACAACUGUUGCAUCUCGUUUUCAUAUUACAAAAUAUCCCACAUUGAAAAUUGUACGCAAUGGACAAUUAAGUAAGCGUGAAUAUCGUGGACAACGUUCGGCGGAUGCUUUCUUGGAAUUUGUGAAAAAACAAUUAGAAGAUCCCAUCAAAGAGUUUCACACAUUGAGGGAUUUGGAAAAUCUUGACUCGAAAAAACGCAUCAUAAUCGGUUAUUUCGAUCGUCGCGAUCAAUCAGAAUAUGAUACAUUCCGUAAGGUGGCCACAAAUCUAAAAGACGACUGUCAAUUCCAUGUUGGUUUUGGUGAUGCUGCUCAAGCCAUGCACCCACCAGGAGUUGAAGAUAAGCAACUAGGUAAUAUUACACAGAAAAUUUCUUUAGGCUCGCCAAUUAUUGUCUUCAGACCCGAUGUAGCUGUGAGUCAUGAAAAUGAUGAAACUUACACUGGAAGUUUAAAGAAUUUCGAUGAAUUGAAGAUUUGGAUUCAAGAAAAAUGCGUACCAUUAGUACGAGAGAUAACAUUUGAGAAUGCUGAAGAAUUAACCGAAGAAGGUUUACCAUUUUUGAUAUUGUUCCACCAUCCAGACGAUACCAAUUCAAUUAAGGAUUACAAGGCCAUUAUUGAUCAUCAAUUGUUGGAUGAAAAACAAAACAUUAAUUUCCUUACGGCUGAUGGUAAACGUUUUGCCCAUCCUUUACAUCAUUUGGGUAAAUCGGAAGAAGAUUUGCCACUGAUUGCCAUCGAUUCAUUUAGACACAUGUACUUAUUCCCCAACUUUAAAGAUAUGUACACGCCCGGAAAACUAAAACAAUUUUUACAAGAUUUAUAUAGUGGAAAAUUACACCGUGAAUUCCAUUAUGGCCCUGAUCCAUCUAGUAAUGAUGUACAAAGUGAAGUUGUAAAUACCUCGCCGCCAGAGUCGACAUUUAAGAAAUUGGGUCCUUCUAAGAAUCGCUACACUCUGCUGCACAAAGAUGAAUUGUAAAUUGUAAAUAAUUAUACUUUUUUCUAAAUCAAGCACUAAAUAUUCCACAUUUAUUUUAUUUUGUAUUGAUAAAAGUAUUUAAGUGUGCAUGUCUGUUUGUGCUAUAAUUCCAGUUUCUUUUCUAUUCUAUUUUAUUUUCAUUAUGGAAAUAAACUCUUUAAUAAUUUUCUUUAUAAACAACAGAAUAUCAACAAGUAAAUAAUUUAAAUAUAUAAAUGAUUUAAUUGAUUUGAAUUAUUUUAUAAAACACAUUGUAUUUAAUGUAAUUAUAUUUUGUGUGCCCCUACCCCCCCUCCUCCUCUCUAAGGUCCUUUUAAAUAAUAUGCUUUAAAAUUAAAUUGUUGAUUUAAACAAUAAUUGUGAUUUUUUCCACAUACAUAAAUAAAUAAAUAUACUAUAAUUUAAUAAUAAUAAUAAAAAAAAUUAUUAAAAUAAUAAAAAAUACAAUUAAAACCACAUUUCUUGCUGAUUAAUUAAUUACCAACCAACGUUUUGACUACCUUAAGAGUUUUGAAAUAUUUAUCAUUAAUAAUUAAGACACUUUAAAAACUACUUCUAAAUUUUGUUCUUAUUAUAAAUAUUUCUAUUAUUACAAUUGCUAUAUUUGAUUCAAUAUCCAAUAAAAAAAUUCCAACUGAAAUACCACCUGCUAUUUUGUUGUUUAAAACAUCAUUACUAAAGGCUUCCUUCAUGUUAUGUUGCUUUAUUUGUUUGCCUUUUUCAGUUGUGAAUAACUUUAAUUUUUUUAUAAGGGUUUUGUUAAGAAGUUUGUGUUUUAGGAAGCAUACAAAAAAUAUAAAACAAAAGUGUAGUUUGUAUACUGUAUUAUAAAUUAUGUAUAAUAAAGUUUAGAUUUAAUAAAAAAAAAUAAAA